UUUAUAUAUAGAUGUAUUGUUCAAAGUUUCUUACUUAUAGUUUUAUUUUGAUUAUAUAAAAAAAUUAUGUCUUUUGGGCAGGUUGUUAUAGGCCCUCCCGGCUCUGGAAAAACUACGUAUUGCCGAGGAAUGAAAGAUUUUUUAACCGCGCUCGGCAGAGAAGUUGUUAUAGUAAAUUUGGACCCCGCCAACUUUUUUUUACCGUAUGAAUGUGCCGUGAAUAUCUCUUCACUAAUAAGUCUAAAGGAAGUUAUGACUGAGCUGCAAUUGGGCCCCAAUGGCGCCAUGAUUUACUGCAUGGAAUAUUUGGAACUGCAUAGCGAUUGGCUCUUUAAGGAGUUGAAUAAUUUUAAAGAAAAGUAUAUACUUUUUGACUGUCCUGGCCAAAUAGAACUUUACACUCACCAUCACUCAGUAAAGAAUAUUUUUCAACUGUUGCUGAAGUGGAAUUUCCGAUUAUGCGCUGUUCAUCUCGUGGAUUCUCAUUAUUGUACGGAUCCUUCAAAGUUUAUAUCAGUUCUUCUCACUUCUCUAUCGGCAAUGCUCCAAGUCGAGCUGCCCCACGUGAACGUUCUCUCCAAAAUUGAUUUAAUAGAAAAGUACGACGAGUUGGACUUUAAUCUUGAUUAUUACACUGAAGUUAUGGACUUGAAGUAUUUACUUUCUUGUCUUUCAAAUGACUUCUUUUUUUCACGAUUCGAAAGUUUGAAUACUAAAAUUUGUGAAAUUAUUGAAAAUUUCGGGCUCGUGAAUUUCAUCCCGCUAAUGAUUGAAGAUAAAGAAACGAUGCUUUGCGUUUUGAGAUCCGUUGAUAAAGCAAAUGGAUAUGUUUUCGGUGCUUUAGAAAAUAAUAAUAUGGCUAUUUUUAAAGUAGCUGCAAGCGAGUAUUUGGACGUAUUAAGAGAUUUAGAAAUUCAGGAGAAAUAUCUUGAGGAUAUACUUUAA